AUACGUAUCAAAAGACCCAUCACAGAAAAAAAAAGGGAGCAACUCCCAAUUCCAACCAAACCAAAACUUGAACUAAGCAACGACAAACAGAUAACUUGUCGGUUCAUCAAACGUCAUCGUAUUCCUUUCUUCUGCAUUCCUCUCCCCCUCUCUCUCUUCCCCCAAACUCUCGUCUCUUCUCUCUUCUGAAAAAAUUUUAUACAGAGAGAGCGAAGGAGCUUGAAACGGCGUCGUAAAGAACCAUGUCAUACGAUUAUCUUUUCAAGUACAUAAUCAUCGGAGACACCGGCGUAGGGAAAUCAUGUUUGCUCCUGCAGUUUACAGACAAGAGGUUCCAACCGGUUCAUGAUCUAACCAUCGGCGUUGAAUUCGGUGCCAGGAUGGUCACCAUUGAUGGCAGACCCAUCAAGCUUCAGAUUUGGGAUACUGCUGGGCAAGAAUCCUUCAGGUCUAUCACCAGAUCUUACUACAGAGGAGCAGCAGGAGCUCUUCUGGUCUAUGAUAUAACCAGGAGAGAGACAUUUAAUCAUCUAGCAAGCUGGUUGGAGGAUGCACGGCAGCAUGCAAAUCCCAACAUGACAAUCAUGCUCAUUGGGAACAAGUGUGAUCUUGCUCACCGAAGGGCUGUUAGCAAAGAAGAGGGUGAACAGUUUGCAAAGGAAAAUGGGCUUUUAUUCUUGGAAGCAUCUGCCAGAACAGCUCAAAAUGUUGAGGAGGCCUUCAUAAAGACCGCUGCAAAGAUCCUUCAGAAUAUUCAGGAAGGUGUCUUUGAUGUAUCCAAUGAGUCAUCUGGCAUCAAGAUUGGCUAUGGGCGUGCCCAAGGUCCAUCAGGCGCAAGAGAUGGAGCAGUUGCUCAGAGAGGUGGCUGUUGUGGUUAAAAGGGAUGGAAACAAUCUGCUGCCUGUAUUUGAUCCUUCUGUCCAUUAUAUUUCCACACCACAUUGCUUUGAUGAAUAUAUCCUUAAAGGUGUUGUCGAACUUUGUCAGAACACUCGAUGUAUAGAGCUAGUCUUUUCUUUUCAUUUCGUUGUUACUGAACUAGGAAUUUCUGGUCACCUUCAGUUAAUUUAAUUCGACUUAUUUGCACAGUAACGUAUAUAAACCAAUCUAAUGCCAUGUGUUUUCAGUUUUUGCA